AUGAGUUCCGCACCACCCCCUCCAUAUUUUUGGCUUCCUAAGAAUCUGCAGCCUAAUGACGCUAACCCUGAGUGGCUGAACAAGGGAGACAAUGCAUGGCAGCUCACGGCAGCAACGCUUGUCGGUUUACAAAGUGUUCCAGGCCUGAUAAUCUUGUAUGGAGGAGCUGUGAAGAAGAAAUGGGCAGUAAAUUCAGCUUUCAUGGCAUUAUAUGCUUUUGCUUGUGUUUUGGUUUGUUGGGUUUGCUGGGGAUAUCAACUUUCCUUUGGCAAUGAAUUGAUCCCAAUCUGGGGGAAAAUUAACGUUGCAUUGGAACAAAAGUACCUGUUGUCACCAGCAUUUACUGGCAAUUUUCCAAAUGCAACUAUGGUGUUUUUUCAGUUUGUUUUUGCUGCAAUUACUUUGAUUUUGAUUGCUGGGGCUGUGUUGGGACGAAUGAAUUUUUAUGCAUGGAUGCUGUUUGUUCCUCUGUGGCUAACAUUUUCUUACACAUUUGGAGCUUAUACCAUUUGGUCUCUUAACGGUUGGCUAUCCUCAGCUGGGAUCAUUGAUUAUUCUGGUGGUUAUGUUAUCCAUUUAUCUUCAGGAGUUGCUGGCUUCACAGCUGCUUAUUGGGUUGGUCCUCGUUUGACGAAGGACAGACAAAAUUUUCCUCCAAACAACAUCUUGCUAAUGCUAGCUGGUGCUGGCCUGCUGUGGAUGGGGUGGACAGGGUUCAAUGGUGGAGACCCCUAUGCUGCUAGUAUUGACGCUUCUUUGGCAGUCUUGAACACUCAUGUUUGUACUGCUACCAGCUUAUUAACAUGGCUUAUACUCGAUAUUGUUUUCUUUGGCAAAGCUUCUGUUAUUGGUGUUGUUCAAGGCAUGAUCACUGGCUUAGUUUGUAUCACCCCAGCAGCUGGUGUUGUUCAAGGAUGGGCAGCCAUACUAAUGGGACUUUGCUCAGGUGCUAUACCUUGGUUCACUAUGAUGGUUGUGCACAAAAAGUCUCAGCUACUUCAAAGAGUUGAUGACACAAUGGCUGUUUUCCACACUCAUGCUGUGGCUGGAACCCUUGGAGGAAUCCUCACUGGUUUAUUUGCCGAACCGAAUUUAUGCAGUUUGUUCUAUGGGAAGCCUGGAAGUUAUACUGGCCUAUUUUAUGGCUUUCACAACAGCAAAGCCCGUGAUGGGUUCAGACAAAUAGGAUUGCAGCUUAUUGGAGUGCUUUUUGUGGUUGCUCUUAAUGUUGUUAGUACGAGUUUGAUCUGUCUUCUAAUACAACUUCUUGUCCCACUGAGAAUGACAGAGGAAGAUAUGGAGGUUGGUGAUGAAGCUGCCCAUGGAGAAGAAGCUUAUGCUAUUUGGGGCCAAGGUGAAAGGCUUGAGAAUUCAAGGAUUUCAGUUAAUGAUGUUGAACUUGGAGCACCUAGGACUAAGGAAUCAAGGCUUGAGACGACAUGA